AUGUCUGUGAAAGAGGAAAGACACCUCCUCCCGUCGCUUUAUCAAAUCACCCAGGUUAUAUCUCGGGCCUUUCCGAGGGUCGCGUCCCGCUCAGUACUACCUGCAUUGAAGUUAUCUACCAAGUUCGCCAUGCUCGUAUGUACUCUACCCUCUGCACCAUCUUCGCUUCAAAGGACCAUUAUUGAUGGCCAGGGGAAUGACGAUGUCAGAUUUUAUCCGGAUAAUAGCAAUGCAUAUUGCUUCAUUCCUCCAGCUUUUGGUCUUCAACACCGCCGCUUCAAGUUCCAAUCCCCGGCGGAAAUUGAGGGAGAUGACCUCAAAAAGAAGCUUGACUCAGGUUAUCAUCUCUGCUCGCCGCCUUGUGCACGCCCAGGCUCAAAUCCCACCCAGAGGACGUCCCUAAGCCAUAAACAUGAGCCGACUGGCUGUCAGAAAGGCAAUAAAUCUAAGGCACCAGGUUUCUUGUGUAAAUGCUGCCCAAAGAGGCGCAAGAGGUUCAGCACGCUCGAGGAACUCAUUAACCAUGAAAACGAUACCCAGCACGAAUGUUCAUUUUGUGGAAGCCGCUUUAAAAACAAGAACGAAGCCAAGCGUCACGAAAAUUCGCUCCAUAUACGCCGCAGCUCAUGGUCUUGCCCAGCGAUCUCUGAGUAUCAUCAAGCGUUUUACAUUUCACUAUACCGUCCUGAAGACACUGAUAUUUGUGGCUUCUGUGGGGAUGAAUUUAUACGGGCAGGGCCGAGUCUCAGUGACAUCGAGAUUGAACACUUACAGCGGGUUCAUAAGAUUGGGGAAUGCAACAGUUCUAAAAGAUUCUACCGCAUAGAUCACUUCCAACAGCAUCUCAAUCAUUUUCAUACAGGCAGGAUUGGAGAAUGGACCACUAUGCUGGAGAACACCUGUAUGCGGAUGGCUUGA